UGUUAUAUCCCACCUCGGGAAAUAGGUAUCGGGAGGACUUCAUGAAGAAAGUCAGGCCCAGUCAGUGAUAAAAUUGUUUAAUUUUGUUUCUUUUGCAAGUAAACCACAAUCAGUGCCGACUAGUGCAAGAUGAAGUGCCCAGGGUGUAAGCAUAUGGUUACGGAGCCGUCGGCCAAAUUCUGCAGUGAGUGUGGCCAGAAGUUGCCUCGUCAGCAGGAAGCCGGCGCCUCAGGUCAGCUUCACCCGGCUGGUGAGGUUAAGGUACAAAGUGGGACGGAGCAGGAGACAGAAAGUGCUUCAGUCUCCAUAGCCAGGCAGGCUGAUAACACGUCUUCAAAAAGGUCUGGGGACGAACCCAGCAGCAACAUCAAAAAAAAGAGAAAAAAGAAGAAGACCAAGAAGAAGACGAAAAAGAAAGAGGAACUAGACCCUUUACAAUCUGAGGCAGUGACCUCUGAACUCUCUGAAAUAUCACUGUCUGACCAAAAGCUGGGGACGCACAAGGCCGAUGAGUCCUCUGAAAGUGAGAGCUGCGUUACUGACGUGGAUGAGACACAGGACUCUUUGCAGGACUCCUCUGAUCUAUCUUCAUUGCAAGAGGGGAGUGAGUUUGCUGAGACUGGCAUGGCGGAGAAGGCAGAUGUCAAUCAGGGGCCGGCGUUGCCUGGCGACUCUGCACAUGAGUCAGAGAAAAGUCAGACUGAGAGGGAGCAAGUCGGCCCCAAUGUUGGUGAUCAUCUUCUGGCUCCUGACCUGGGUACAAACAAGGUGGAUCUUGUAGAAUGUAAAGAUAAGAUGGGUCCAGUUGGAGGGACAGUGAAAACAGAACCAAGUCAGAGUCAACCUCUGAACACAAGCAGCCGGGGUGAGCCGGAAGCAGGGACCUCGCAGCAGGCGAACAGAGACCAGAAGGCUCACGUGGACCCAAGUGCAGAUGUGCCCAGGAGGACGCGACAAGAAACAAAAGCUGCUGAACAGAACAAGGAAACGAAGGCUGGAGGAGAGCAAAAGAUGGUUUUUGGCCCAAAGACAAAGCAGCAGGCCAAGGGUGUGGUGUCCCACACUGACCCAAAGACCAAGACUGAGAAGAUGGAGGUCCAGCAGUCUGCCAGUGCCACAGGAGAGUCCCAGGGAGCAACAAGCCCUGCUCAGGACACCAAGAAGGAACCGCGGGAAGAUGCCAAAAAAAAGAAAAAGGAGGGCGAGAAAAAGAGGGCAGAAGUGACUCCGCCUGAGAGAGUCUUCACUGGAAGUGAGCCGAUUCCUAAGGGGAAAAGGGUCACUAUUUACUUCCAUGCUGUCCUGUCUAAAGAUUUCAAAAUAGACCCCAAAGAGGACAAAGUUUUCUUGAGGGCUGGUAAACUUAUUGGCUCAUGGGAUGAAAACGCAGCCGAACUUUCUGUGACUCGGGAUCUGGGAAAGCACGGAUUUCUUGUACAAGGAAAACUGGAAACGACAAAAGAGGCAGUUUCUGUUUCCAUACCCUACAAAUACGUCGUUUGGAAAGCCAAGAAAGAAAAACCAGAGUUUGAGUAUAUCUACAAAUCGGAUACAGAACGAAAUGUCGACAGGUGUCUCUUUGUCAAGGAACAUCUGCUUAACGAGGAAGGUGAAUGGCACCAGUAUGACGACAUCAUCUGCAUUGAGCCUUCGAAAGGAGUGUUAACCCGCCUGAGAAAUGCAUUCUGGGCCGAGAAUGAGACGAAGGUUGUUGAUGGUCGGAACAUCGCGGGGGAGGUCAUGCUGGAUACAAUCUUUGACCUGCUUCGUAGCUGGAGUGAUGCUAACCUGAAGAGUUUCCAUGACCAGUUGAGGCAGUUUCAUCAAGUCUAUGGAAACCCCUUUGUGUAUGAAGAGAAGCACAAAAAAUGGGACUCGCUACAUUAUGGUGAACGGGAGGUGAACAACCUCAUGAAAACAUUCAUGCUGCAGAAUGUUCUCCCUCAGAUGACGAAGGACGGCCUAGUACAGAGUCACUUUUUUGGAGACUCUUUAAAAGCCGGCCUGGUUUUCUUUCACGUCUGUCAGAAGUACGCAAUCGGGCUAAACCAUGCAGAGUUAUCACGACUAUGUCAUACCCUGUACCUUCCAAAGAUGCAAAAAGAAAGUUUUCAGCAGUAUUGGACAGAUUUGCUGAAACCUCUCUCAGUUUUUGAAGCAUUUUCAGAAAUGGUGGUUGACCUAAUUCUAAAGUUGAGGGAGAAAAAAAUUCUGCAAUGGAUCCUCCUGAUUCCUCUUCUUCACUUCCUGAAACGAAUGUCUGAGCCCUUUGAACCUGUCCCACUGACAAACAACCACAAAUACUACAAUUCGUGGGCUGGACUUACAGGUCUAAGGAUAGCAGACACAGCUCUAGCAGGAUUUGAUAACAGGGAAAUGUUACGCAUCAUGAAAGCAAACAUUCACCUAACAGAGAUGGACCGACUUCUGCCUCGGUCCUGGAUGUCCUUAAUGACUCUGGAGCACCUUGUGCCGUUCAUGAACGACAUACCAGUUGACCUGCUGGAACUUCUUCAUUUAGUUGCUUUUAAAGCACCUCCAAUAAUCACAUAUUUGAAUUCUGAGCAGGAGAUAUCAGAUUUGCUGAAAUGCAUUCAGAUCAAAUGUAUUGACAUAGAACCACAGGGCAGUUUGCAUAAUGAGGAUUAUAGAGGAGAGUGCUUAGCAACAUCUGUAAAAGUUCUCGAGAAGAUCUGCACAGGCUUUAAAUCACCAUCAUAUACCACGGAUUUCACAAUUCCUGUGACUUGCAUCAACAUGGUCGCGACUGUUUCCAGUUUCGGCCAUUCUUAUGAGACACCGGUGAAGCAAGAUCCCCGCGGAGGCCAGCAGAAAGAAAAGCGCAUGCAGAUUCUAUCGGAAGCCAUGAAAAUAAUGAGGGGAUGCAUGAGUCAAACUUUGAAGAACAGGUUGUUUUAUGGUGCUUAUCUGUCUGCAUAUUUUUCAUCAGAAAUUGAGAUAUGGAACAACAUUCUUUCUCUCAGUUUUGGCAGUGAAGAAUUUACAAAAGAAUGGAAGCAAACAUUUGCUACAGACCUGGAAGGAAAAAUCAAACAGGAGUCCUAUAUGAACCAAAUUGAGAUUUACUGCAAUAAAAUGGAAGAGCUGACCAACACACUUCCUUACAUUGCCAAGACAGUAGAGAAAUGUGCUCUUCAAGCUGUCAACUCCGUCUGCCAGAACAAAUCAGAGCAAAGUCUUUUUGAGAAAUUCAAAAUAAACUGGAAGUAUGGAAAGCUGGUGUCGGCCAUUAUUCAGAAGUCCUGGCCCACAGACUCUAGUGGGACGUGCUACUUGGAUGGAGAUGAGGUGGUGCUCCAGCAUCUUCUGAACUGGACUGCUGCCAGGAACAUCUUUCANUUGUAAUGAUAUACAGAUGAAAGGUUGGUUAAUGAACUUUCAGAUGAUGCCAAGGAGAAAGUAGUUGUUGCAAGUUCAGCCUUUGCAUCAAUUUCAGAGAAGUUCAUCUCUGGAAAGAUGUCAGUCGGCCUCCUGAACUGCAUCCUGGAAAACCAGAGUGUCUUUGUAGAGCUUCUGCAGAUAGGUUACCUGUCUAACAAUGAGCAGUGUAAGGACAGGGCCAACAUGAGGAGGCUGAUGCAGUGGAGAAAACAAGAGGUGACGGCAGUCUUCAGGGAGAAGCAGCUAGUGGAGAGCUUGCUGGUCAUGUGCCGCAAGCUGGAGGAGCACAUCAAAGUUGACUUGAACGACCUGGAACAAAAACAACAGAUAGAUAUCAAGUCGAUGACGUUGGACUGCUUCAUGGAGGUUCACCUGCUUGAUGAGAUGGCCUCUGAUCAGUCAGGCAUUGUGACGUUCUUCCACCUUAGUGACAAAAUGAGGCAAAUGGCAAAGACCCUGGAGACUGUUAAAGACAGUUUCAUUUUUAACACGUGUUGGGAAGACCAAGCAAAAGAAAUCUCAAAGACUGACGAUGACGAAGAACUCUCAGAAUCUGAAGUGGAGAAUGAACCACUUGAAAUGAUAGAUGAUGAGAUUUUUCAGCCAUGCUAUAGUAACUAUGAAUGGAUCUACAGAAAUGUAAGGGACGGUCAAAUAACACUUAAGGAUGUUGAUGUUAUCUUUGAAGCUUAUAAAGAAAAGUAUGCAGAGCUGAGGCUAGAUCUGGAGAUAAUGUGCCGAAUUGACCAUACUGAUGAUGGACAAUGGAUUGAGAGAAGAAUCCAGCAGAUUGAACAGUACCAUGAGCUUCACUUGGCUAUAGAGUCAGCCCAGGUCAUCAUGAGUGUGAAGGAGACACUUUGUCUUAAAGGCAAUUUCGGUGUCCUGGAAACCCUACUUCAAGCUACAUCUAUAGACUUCAAGGAGGAAAGUCUGGAUCGCAUUGACAAUGACCUGAUGCAGGCCAAGAAGAUUCUGGUGGACAUCACAGAAUCCCGUAGGCAGUGCCUUCUAGAACUUCACCUCAGAAAAAACUUUGUGAUUUGGGUCAAAGAAGCACUUGAGGAUAUUAAUGAGCUGAAGGUUUUUGUGGACCUGGCCUCCAUCUCUGCUGGAGAGAAUGACCUGGAUGUUGACCGCGUCGCUUGUUUCCAUGAUGCUGUCCUUGGCUACGCUUCCAUGCUGUAUGACCUAAAGCCCGAUGCAGGCUUCCAAAGCUUUAACGAGGCUCUGAAGAAACUGUGGAAGGCUUUUGAAAAUGAUUGCAAUUUGCCAAAGAAACUACGUGAUACUGCACGUCACCUGGAGUGGCUGAAGACGGUCAAAGACAGCCAUGGCUCUGUGGAACUGUCCUCUCUCUCUUUGGCUUCAGCUAUCAACAAGAACGGCAUUUACAUCAUUAGUAGCCAAGAUCACAAGAAGCUGAGUCUAGAAACAGUCCUGCAGCUGAAGAUUCCCGAGGAGCAUGAGGAGGGACAGGAGAUGCGUUGCUAUAACUUGGAGGACCUGCGGGAGCUACAGAACAAACUCAUGCUGAUGUCUGGAAAGGGAGAGCAGGGGCAACAAGAGGUGGAGCGUUUUGCAGAGAUAUUUGAUAAUGUCCAGCGGCUGGCUGAGGCAUUCAUGGAUCUGUUCGUGGCUGGGAACCCCCUCUUUAGGCAAUGGGAGACCAACAUUAACUGUAGCCCAUACAGUGAAGCAGGCAUCAUUAUGGACUUCUGUUUGGGCAGCACCGUCAGCAGUAUCAUAGUAGAAGGCAACGUGGCGGAGCAGCUGCCAGACAUGUGCAGAAAGAUGGAGAAAUGCUUGAGCUUCUGGAAGUUCUUCAUGGACAAGCAAAGGUCCCAGUAUUACUACCUCAACUACUAUACAGCGGAACAGAUAGUGUAUCUGUGCAGGAAGCUCACCCAGAAAUGCCUGGAUGAGGGUGUAGAUGACCAGGUCCUGAUGAUGCUGUCUUUCAUCAAACCCAACUGCAGCCUCUCAGACUUAAGGCAGACAUGGCACCAGCUUCAGUAUGAGAUGCUCAUCAAAAAUGAAAAUGAGAGGAGUGAAGAAAUAGAAUUUCGGACCUUAUUUGAAGGGAGUGAUAGUAUGGAAUUAGCCACAAAUUUUUCAGGAAGGGAGAAUGAAUCCUUGUAUUUGCUGAAUCAAGUGGAGCAAGCUACUGGUUCCAAAAAACUGGAUUUACUGUGGAAUGCCUAUAUGAAAGAUAUGAGCUAUUUCCUGCCUGACUGUCUGGACAUCAGAACUCUUGGGAGGCUUCUUGAAAUACUGGCUAACUACAAGGAUGAGGAAGAUGAGGAUGAAGGUGUCGCGAAGAAAGAACGGAUCAUUAGGAGAAAUCUGCCAAAAGGUUUACUAAGCAGACGACCGAAUCUCAUUGUCUGCCCACAUGCCGAAAUCCUGACGUCCUGCAUCAGCAUCUACAUGAGCAGUGAACACGAGCAGCUGCCCACGUACGAUGAAGUCCUCCUGUGCACUGCCUCCACUUCUUAUGAGGAGGUGGAGCUUCUCCUACGGCGAUGCCUUACAGUGGGCUAUGAGGGAGAGAAGAUAUACACUUUGCUCCAUGCUGAUCAGCUUCCCUAUGAAGUCAGUUAUAAGGUUGAGCAACUCUUUCAGCAACUGGAAAAGCUUUGCCAAAAAGAAUACCGACUAGUUAUCAUAUGUGAUUCUGAGCGGGAGCACACCUACCUCCCCUCAGCCUUCAGCCAGUAUAGGCUGCACAUGGUCCCUCUGGAGCCCCUGGAUAGGGUCCAGAGGUAUCUGUCUAGGCACUAUACUGUUCCAUCAGAGGAGUCCAGUGCUGCAGCAGUGUUCCAGGGCAGACUAUGUGUUGGACUAGUGACGUCUGAAAGAGCUGGAGUAGGGAAAUCCCUGUAUAUUCAGAGGCUCUAUGAGGAGUUGAAGAAAACUGAAGAAACCGCGUUCCACAAAUGUAUUCGCUUGAUUGAGCCAAGGGUGGAUGAAAAUGCUAUUCUCACAUCUUUGCUCAGUAACUCAAAACAGGAGCUCACAAUCUUCAGUUUUGAUGUCACCUCUUCUGUCCAGAAAGGCUUGUAUGAAUUUCUGUUCAAACUGCUGGUCCUACGCUAUUUGAUGGAUUCUCAAGGAAGGAUGUGGAAAUGCAGCAACCAGCAUUUGUACGUCAUUGAGAUUCUGCAAUCCAAAGGACAUUUGUGGGGAAAUGGUCCAAAUGUUAAUGAAAAUAUCCACUUUGCCUUCCAUGAUGUCUUUCCAAAAAUUUUCUGCCGUCCUCCUAAAGAGGUUCUUGAGAUGGAAAUGAAGAUGCAAGAGAACAAGGACAUGAAAGAAUCUCACGACCCACUCAUGGAUGAUCAAGAGUUCAGAAGUGAAGCCUACCAAAGACCUUAUCAGUAUCUCAAGAGGUUCUAUAAUAAGGAAUGUCUUGAUAAAUUUUCAUAUCACGGCACUGAGGGAACUCACGUGGAAUGCCUACAGAUGCUUUUUGUUUACUGUGGUGUUGUGGACCCAUCAUGGGCAGAAUUGAGAAACUUUGCGUGGUUCCUUAACCUACAACUGGAAGACUGUGAGAACUCUGUAUUUUGUCAAAUAGACAAUAUUGGAGAUGUUUUGGUAGGGUUUAAAAACUUUGUUGUUGACUUCAUGAUUCUCAUGGCAAAGGAUUUUGCAACACCAUCUCUUGGCAUCUCUGAUCAGAGCUCAGGUAGGCAGCAAGUAGACUUCUCUGGUUUAAGUGAAGAAGAUUUAGCUCCAUUUCGGAUUAGAAAGAGGUGGGAAUUGGAACCCCAUCCUUACAUCUUCUUUAAUGACGACCAUGAGUCCAUGACUUUCAUUGGAUUUCACCUUGUGAUUAAUGAACAGAAUGGAGUUGAUGCUGUUGAUCUAAGUAAGCAAAUGGUGAUCAAGAGAAACGUCAUGACCCGAGAACUCUAUGAAGGUCUCCGUCUCAAUGGAGUACCUUUCAAUAUAGAUUUUGAUGCGCUUCCUAGGGCUGAGAAGAUUGAACGUCUUUGCAGGGUGUUGGGAGUACAGUGGCCUUUGGACCCAGAUGAAAACUAUGAGCUCACCACUGACAAUAUUCUGAAAAUUCUUGCCAUUCACAUGCGCUUCAGAUGUGGCAUCCCAGUCAUCAUCAUGGGGGAAACAGGAUGUGGAAAAACUAGGCUUAUAAAGUUUUUGUGUGAAUUGCGGAGGAGUGGAGUCGCCACAGAGAACAUGAAGCUUAUCAAAGUCCAUGGAGGGACAACCUCGGAGAUGAUCUACACCAAAGUAAGAGAAGCAGAGGCCAUCUCGGUUGUCAAUAAACAACACUAUGGUUUUGAUUCUGUCCUCUUCUUUGAUGAGGCUAACACAACUGAGGCCAUAAGCAGCAUCAAGGAGGUUCUCUGUGACAACACUGUGAAUGGAGAGCACUUGAAUAUGAAUACUGGUCUGCAAAUCAUUGCUGCUUGCAACCCUUACAGGAAGCAUACAGAUGAAAUGAUCUCUAGGCUGGAGUCCGCAGGCUUAGGAUAUAGAGUCCGAGCUGAAGAAACCGAUGAUAAACUUGGACAUAUCCCUCUCCGUCAGCUCGUGUACAGAGUUCAAGCAUUGCCACCCAGCAUGAUCCCACUGGUGUGGGACUUUGGACAGCUUAAUGACCACACUGAAAAAAUGUACAUCCAACAAAUUGUUCAAAGAGUCAUUGAAACAAAUUCAAUUAGUCAAGAUUAUAUCAACACAGUCACCGAAGUUCUGUCCUCAUCACAGAAGUACAUGAGGACCAAGAAAGAUGAGUGCAAAUUUGUGAGUCUUAGGGAUGUAGAACGCUGUAUGCAAAGUUUUGUGUGGUUUUACAGCAACCACAGCAUGUUACUGGCUGAGCUGAAAGCAUUUCUCGAUGGAAAUUUAAACAUGGAAAAGAACGGGGGCAAUCAGACAUUGACUGAUGAAAGAGAUCCAGUUCUGUGGUCCCUUAUCAUGGCUGUAGGUGUUUGUUACCAUGCCUGCUUAGAUGAAAAAGAAAAUUUCAGGAAAAAAAUCUGCAAGCACCUACCAGAAAAUUAUAACUCGACCAAAGUAAUGCAGGAAAUCUCAGUCAUGCAGGACCUGUUUUUGAGUGGUGUACCACUGGGGAAAACAAUUGCAAAAAAUAAUGCUUUGAAAGAAAAUGUUUUUAUGAUGGUGAUUUGCAUUGAACUUCGAAUCCCACUUUUCUUGGUUGGGAAACCUGGAAGCUCAAAGUCUUUGUCUAAAACUUUAGUUGCAGAUGCUAUGCAAGGACAGGCUGCUCACUCAGAGCUGUACAAAAAGCUGAAGCAAGUUCACCUGGUCUCCUUUCAGUGCAGUCCUCAUUCUACACCAGAAGGCAUCAUCAAUACAUUCAAGCAGUGUGCCCGUUUCCAGGAGGGCAAGAACCUGACAGAGUACAUUUCUGUUGUGGUGUUGGAUGAGAUUGGUUUAGCAGAAGACUCCCCAAAAAUGCCCUUGAAAACACUGCAUCCUUUGCUAGAGGAAGGCUGCAUAGAUGAUGAACCACUGCCACAUAAGAAGGUUGGAUUCAUUGGCAUUUCCAACUGGGCUUUGGACCCGGCAAAAAUGAACCGAGGCAUCUUUGUCUCCCGUGGUGACCCUGAUGAAAAGGAAUUGAUUGAAAGUGCAAAAGGAAUAUGCUCCUCUGACAAGAUGAUUCUGGAGAAAGUUCGGGACUAUUUCAAGCCUUUUGCCAAGGCUUAUCUUAAAAUUAGCAAGAAAGAGGGAAAAGGUUUUUUUGGCCUGCGGGAUUAUUACAGCUUAAUUAAAAUGGUAUUUGCAGCCACAAAGAGCACUGAACAGAAGCCCACUCCUGACAAAAUUAUGGAGGCGGUGCUGCGGAAUUUCAGUGGGAAAGAUAACAUAGAUGUAGUUACAGCCUUCACUAGUAGGUUGAAUUUCCACUCAAAGCAGGAGAACAUUGAUAAAAUUGAACUGGUGAGGCAGAACAUCCUGUCUGUUGGCCAAGAUGAGGAGUGCCGAUACCUCCUAGUUUUGACCAAAAAUUAUGCAGCCCUGCAGAUUCUUCAGCAGUCGUUCUUCACUGAACGUGACCAGCCAGAAAUCAUGUUUGGAUCCAGCUUUCCCAAAGACCAGGAAUACACACAGAUUUGCCGGAACAUCAACCGUGUUAAGAUAUGCAUGGAAACCGGUCAGACCAUUGUGCUGCUGAACCUUCAAAACCUCUAUGAAAGCUUGUAUGAUGCUCUCAACCAGUACUACGUUUCUCUGGGUGGCCAGAAGUAUGUGGACCUGGGAUUAGGGACCCAUCGUGUCAAGUGCAGAGUGCACAAAGAUUUCAGGCUCAUAGUUAUUGAGGAGAAAGAGGUGGUUUACAAGCAGUUUCCAAUCCCACUCAUUAACAGGCUUGAGAAGCAUUACCUGGACAUCAAUACUGUCCUGAAAAAUGACAAGAAGGAAAUCGUCAGAGAGCUUGAGAGCUGGGUUAAUUCCUUUGUCUCCACCAACAACCAGCAUGCAAUCCCUCUUCAAACCUACAAAUAUCUUUCCACUGAUGUUUUCAUCGGGUAUCAUUCUGACACCUGCUCCUCUGUGGUCCUGCAAGUGACCAAGAGGUUGAAAGAGGUUGACCAUGUGUUACCUGAUGCUCAGAAAAAUGUUUUGAAUGAGGCCAAACUAAUCCUGCUAAACUGUGCCACUCCUGAUUCAGUGGUUCGCUUGGACUGUACCAGACUCUCUAAGGUAGAGACUGAUGAGCUGACCAGGAUUUACUUUGAAGAACAGAAGCACAUUUCUCUUGCUGACUACAUAACAUCUGCCAGAAGGUUGGAUCAAAGUUCUUAUGCAUCUUUCACAGAGGUCACCACAUUCUCAAGACUUUUGACAGCCUCUGACAUUGGGCAGCUCCCAGAGGUCAAUGGCAAAAUUGAACUCCUCUCCUUGCAACAAUUUGACACAGAACACUCCUUCCUCAAAAAGAUCAGACUUUUUCUGGACUCUGUGGUUGGAGACAAAAUCCUCAUUAUUCAGGCUGAAUUUGACAAUGGCUUCUUGAGCACACACCUCAUUGCAUCUGCAAAGUAUUCUGCCAUGAAUGAAAUUAACAAAUCAAGAGAAGAAGAACUGAGAGGGAAAGUGUUUGUGUAUUUUAUCACCAAACUUCCUAGGAUGGAAGGUGGCUGCUCCUACGUUGGAUUUCAUGGGGGGCCCUGGAGGUCAGUUCACAUUGAUGACCUCAGAAGAUCCAAAGACAUCAUCUCUGAUAUAAAGGCUUUGAGGAAUUUGUCCAUCAGUCAGCUUUUUGAGGAGAACCUAGCUGAACCUGAGCCAAUGGAAGUUCCAGAGAUGUACACAGCCGAGGAGCAGACUGGGACUGCGGAGAACAUAUAUUUAGAUGAGGACCAGACUGGGAUUGUGCAGGACAUGUACAUGGACGAGGACCAGACUGAGACUGUGCAGGACAUGUACAUGGACGAGGACCAGACUGAGACUGUGCAGGACAUGUACAUGGACGAGGAGCAGACUGAGACUGUGCAGGACAUAUAUAUAGGUGAACAGCAGACUGAGACUCAGCCGGAGCAGACAGAGAUGGAGACACCACAACAUAGAGGCUGGGGGGCUGUCCUAGACACCACAGUGCUGGUGCGUAGCUCCGUUCAGAGUGCUGUUGGAAUGCUUAGAGACCAAGGUGACGAUGGCUUCCGAAGCACCAGGAGAGUGGAGAUCCUACUGACCCUCCUGGCUGUCGAUGAUGAGCUGAAAGCUAAAUUUUUGAAAAUCGUGAAGAGGCGUCUUCAUUUUUUGCUGAGGAUGCGUGACGAAAACAUUGCCUCGUCUAAAACCUGGGUCUUCAAGGAGGCAUCCAACGUUGAUGCCCUGCAGGAAGGGGGGACUUUCAGACACACCUUGUGGAAGCGAGUGCAGACUGUGCUCACACCCUGCCUGGCCCAGCUGGUCUCGGUCAUUGACCGAGACUAUAAUCUCGACCUGCUACUCGAUGACAACUCCACGGAGCCUUUGAAAAGGCUAUGGCUUGAUAUCUUUGGCAACGAGAAGCUGCUGAUCAUUCCAUACGCUGAAGUGGACCACACUUCGGAGACAAAAACAAUCUUGGUUCAGAGACAUAUGAUGUCAGAGGCAAACAGAGGCUGUAGUAUGCCCUUCAGCUGGAAAAUCAAGGACUUCCUGGAUGAGCUCUGGGUUUAUGCCCGGCAACGGGAAGGACAAACCUUGAAACAGUUUGAUGAGUUCUUCUGGAAUACUCCCUUGGGGACAUACAUCGCAGCUGCAGAUGCGGAGAUGCAGUUGCAGCUCUUCCAGCGCUACCUUCAGGAUUUCAUCUCCAUGUCCAUGAAGGUUACUUCAGACGAAGUUCUUCAGCUCUUGCGAGGAGCCUUGUCCUGCUGUGUCAAUGAGCUGAGAGUCAGAGAUGGAAUGGAAGAUAACGGAGUAGUUUCCCUUCCCUGGGUCCAUGCUGCUUACCAAGAGUUCAAGAACCGCCUGCACAACCUCUCUAGGAUGCUGACUAUUGAGCCAGCAGUGGCCCAGGCCCUCCUGAAGAAUCCCGGUGCUGCGGAAGGGGUUGAGCUGGUCGUGGAUGUCUUUGCAGCCAUGGCCUGUGUAGAGCACCUGGAGCCCAUUCAGCUGGAGACGGACGAGCGGCGGCUGGCCUGGCUGAGGCAGGUGAAGAAGCUGCAGGUUCCCAUCGAGCUUGUCUGCUCUGAGGAGAAACUGGGACUCUAUGGACGGAGGAGCCAGGAGAUAGUCCGCAAUGGUUGGAACCGGAUCUUCUCCUUGUCUCUGAUUGUGGAGCACAUGCUCUUGGGGAUUGAGCACCUGGAGCCCAAACUCAAGCCGGUGGUGUUGGAUCACACCCAGAAGCUGGGCAAAGUUUUGGAGAGAAAUUCGGAUUUGAAAGCGGAGAAGCCCUUCGAGGCGGUGAUCCGCGUUCUCAAGGAGUGCAAGGAUGGAGUAAAUGACAAGAUUUUCAAGUUCGGGUUUCAGUCCUGCCCGGUGUGCCUGGGUGACCCCCAGGGGCCCCUGGACCUUCCCUGCCAUCACAUCUACUGCCUGGCUUGUAUCAGGAAGUGGCUCAUCCCAGGCCAGAUGUACUGUCCGCUCUGCAUUCAGGACGUCCCCGACGACUUCCAUCUGAAGGUGUCCAAGGAGAUUGAACGUCUGAUCAUUCUGAAUGCCCAGUUCCGGAAGCAGUGCAACGCCUUUUUCAUCGACCUGGUGUCCACCAUGUGCUUCAAGGGCAACAGCCCCCCCUCGAGACCGGUCAUCCUGCACCUGCUGUCCUUCCUCAUGGUGGAGGCCAAGGCUGUUCCCAUCAUGCGGGGUCAACCUCUGAUACUUACUAAAGCCCUGUCCCCAUUCGAUGACUCCGUGGACAAAAAUCCGGUGGUCCGUUCAGUCAUCCUUAAGCUCCUACUUAAGUACAGCUUUGAGGAUGUCAGAGAUUACCUGCAGAAGCAUCUGGCAGAAACUGAGCAAAGCAACAUUUUGGAAGAAAAGGAUAAAACUGAACUUUAUUCUCUCUACAUAAACUGCUUAGAGGACUCCAUGUUUGAACGGAUGCAGUGUCAGACUGCCAGGGAGUGCCUGCAGCAUGAGAAGAACUUCCUGCAUGCCUUCCUGCGCUCCCACAGCCAGGGGGCGCCCACAGCGACAAUUGAUUGCCUGCAGCAGAUUGCGAGGGUGCGGCUGUGCCUGGACAUGGCAGCCCGUCAGCUGGUGGACCAGCUGGCUGACCCACAAACUCAAACAGCUGCGGGGGUGAAUGAGGAAGCGCGGGCUGCAACCCCAGCACUCUUGAGCAGUGUGGUGGAUCUGUGCAACAGGAGCAGGAACGACUGGUACCGGGUCUACCUGAUCCGAAAGCUGUGCAGCCAACGGGGCGCCGAGUUUGUUCAGAAGCUUCUGAAGGUGCCUGACUUCAGAUGGCUUUUUCCGGACGAAAUUCUGAAACAGAGCAAGGACACGGUGCAGAUGGACCAGUAUCUCGUACAUGGUGAGGAGUACCAGGCCGUCCGUGAGGCUGUCGCCACGGCCAUGAUGGACGGCAAAAUGGAGGGAAUAGAUGAAGUGUGUGAGAGAUGCAGAAGCUCUCCGGCAAAGAAGACAUUGUACCUGCUCCUAGCGCUCUUCAGAGAGGUCACCUCUCUCUACCAAGCCGAUGACCCAGCUUUCCAACCCAAACCGCAGCUAUGCCUCACUCUGGAGAACUUCAUCCAGACCUCCAGGGUCUUGAUCGACCCCAACGUCAGGACCUUUGCCACUAAUCUCGUGCACAACAGGCUGGGUGGUCUGCGUGUGAGGGUGGGCAUGCCUGACAAGGAGCGUGUGGCCGUGGAGCUAACUGUCCACUUGGGGGCAGUGUUGCUCACUGGGAAUGAUGGCAUGAUGAGGCCCCUCAAACAUCUGGCCCUGGAUCCAGCCAAAAUGCAGAUGGCCUUCAUUCCCACCAUGCCCGAUGACAUGCUCGCUGUUGCUCGGGGACUUUUAGGACAAGUACAGUGGUACUUUUGUCCCAAUGGCCACCCAUGUACCAUCGGUGAGUGUGGCCAGCCCAUGGAGAUAAGUCGCUGCCUGGACUGCGGGGAGCAGAUCGGAGGGAAAGACCACAAGCCGGUAUCAGGCUUCCAAAUAGCCAACAUCCAGGGCGACCGCACCCAGAAGGGCCACGUUCUGGGGGCCAUCAGCAGGCGGGACAACCCAGACAUGAAGGACACUAAGGGCAUGUCUCCUGCCCCCUUCGGCCUCAUCAGGCUCCUCACCCACAUGGCCUUGCUGCUGGGAGCUUCUGCCCACCCCCAGAACGUCGCUCAAAUCGUUAAGCUUCUGGAUCAGAACCUGGUAGACUUUCUGAUGGGCCAUCUGUUGAAGGACUUUGAGCAGCUGGGCGGGAUUCUUGGGAAGGGUGUUGAUGACACCGUCAGUACUGUCCACAUCACGCUGACCCACCUAAUGGAACAGCACCAGCCGGGCCAGUGGAAUGGUGAUGACACACUCUCAACAAAAGAGGCCAGAAACAACUGGGAGACGGAUGUGGCCACAAACAUCAUCACGCCUCAGCUGAAGCACCUGGAUCGCCGUCUGAUGGAGGUGAAUGCUCUCAUUAGGAGGGACUCUCGUGUGAGCUCCAACGUGGUGCUGAAGAUCGUGUUUGGGGAUCCCCGCGACGUUUUGAGCUCGCUGCCACAAGACAACCUGAUCCAUGGGCCUGCUGUGUGGAGCUGUAGGGAGAGGGUUUCCUUGUCCAGCCUGGCCCACAUCCUGGAGCAAAACGAUGGCAAAGAUGGGCUGCCUGUGCUCUGGAGGUUCUUGAAUAAGGAGGCUGAGUUACGCCUGGUAAAGUUCCUACCUGCCAUUUUGGAACUACAAAUGGAUCUAGUGAAGAAGUUCCAGAAUGUUCCAGACCUCAUGUUCACCACAAUCAGAGAUUUCCUCAAGGACCAAAAAUCAGAGAUCUUGAAAGCAUGGUAUGAGAAAGAGGUUCAGAUCUUCUUGACGACGUGGAACCAACUGAGAGCAUCACUGUCCACAAAGGGUGAGCUGAAGAUUCCUGCUGAAUACUGCCAGAAGGAUUUGGACCUCGGUAGUGAAUUUCAGGUCCUGCUCCCCCGACGCAAUGGUUGGGGCCUUUGUUCCACUGCCCUGGUCAGCUACCUCAUUGCCCUGCACAAUGAUCUCAUUUACACCGUGGACAAGCACACGGCUGAGGAGACCAGCUAUUGGGUCAGCCCGGCAGAUCUGACCGACCUGCACGUGAUCCACUACGAGCUGGAGCGAGACCUCACCCCCCUGGUGCUGUCCAACUGCCAGUACACCAUGGAGCGUGGCCAGGAGAUGCUGCUUGAGUACGACCUGCCCAAAAUCCAGCAGCAGGUUCUGACCCGCUUCUUGCAGGGCAAGCCCCUCAUCACCGUUAAUGGAAUUCCUACACUAGUGAACAGGCAAGACAGGAACUAUGAAAACAUUUUCAAAGAUCUGAAAGGAAAGGUUGGACAGGAACCCCUGACCGCUUUGGCGCUGGAGACCUUGGCCAGGGAGCUGCCCUCCUACAGUGAUGUGUGCGAGGCCUUGUCAUUGGUGGAGGUGGCCUUGGGCUUCCUGGCCAUGACAGGAGGAGAAGCCCAUGUGCUGCUGAUCCGAUACCUGGAGGACGUCCUGCAGAUGGGGGACCAGAUGUCCCCACUCAUCCUCAAGGCCCUGAGUAGGUGUACUCUGAAGCAUUGUGUGGCCCUGUGGCAGUUCCUCACCUCGCUGAAGUCAGAGUCCAUGCUGCGCCUCAAAAGGGAUCCGUUUGCGGCCAUCCCAGAGGCGUAUAAGGAGCUCCUGGCUAAGUCAGAGUGUGAGCUGCUUAGAGGGUUCCUCACCAAGGGCAGUGUGGACCUCUGGCUUCUGGAGACCCAUGAGCUUCUGCUGCUGGUCCUCAAGAGUCCCCAAGCUCCCAACACCUACAAGCCAACCUGGAGUUUGAAAGACACGCUGGUGUCGUACAUGGAGCGGAAGGACCUUGACGUCCACCCAGACAUAGAGGAGUUCUUCCCUGAAGAGAUCUGCCUCUCAAAGUGUGUAGAGGCCUGGAAAUUUGCUGUGGCCUUCAAACAGGAGCGAAGUCUGAAGUGAAACACUCCUCCCACGAGUACCCUUCUUCCAAGCUUGAUGGCGUCAAUUAUUUUUCUCCAUUUUUUUCAAAUUGUUGAUUUUCCUAGUUAAAAACAAACACUCCUUGUGUACACCAUGAAACAGGCACCUUAUAUAUAUAUAUAUAUAUAUACUUGCUCUUAUUUUGUUACCUUUAUCCUUCCUCUAAGCAAUUACCUUAGAAAGGCCUUGUUUACAUAUUGCGUUUACACAUCUGUGAUGACCUCAUUCAGGGUCAGGCUACGCUCAUGUAAUUCAGCUAGACUCAGGUUAAAUGCAGCGUGUACUUCGACCAAGAAAGAAAAUGGUUCACUGCAGUUCAAAGGAUCUUCAGGUACAUCUGCCUUUCCUGCUGCUCUGAGCCCUCAGACAGUCAAGUCUGGCGCCUUAAGCUGCUUCGAAUGGACUCUGCAAUUUUCAUAUAUUGGAACAAUUAAUGAUUUGUCAUUCCUUUAGUGCGGUGCAUAAGAAAAACUUGUCAUGUUUAAUAAAAAAAGCGUUUGCAUCAACGCAAGUGUCAGACACUGCA